CGCUGCUGCUCAGAUGAACCAGAUCCACCGUGAGGAAGAAACUAGAAGCUGAGCAGAGACACCACAGAAGAAGAAGAUGGAGAGCGUGCGAGCCGUCGUCUACCUGUCCGUCUGUCUCUCCCUGAUGACAUCACUCUGCCAGGGUCAAAGGUCGGCAGCAGACGACCCCGUCCUCAGCCUCAGCACCAGUGAACUGGCGGACGCGCUCCAGAACCUCCUGGAUGAUGCUGAGGACACAGUCGGUGUCUCUGUGGAGAAGAAAGCCAGCGUCAUCCCACGGUGUGACGUGGGCGAGCGCUGUGCGAUGAAACACGGCCCUCGGAUUGGUCGCCUGUGUGACUGUCUGAGAGGAACCGCCUGCAACACCUUCUUCCUGCGCUGCUACUAGCGCCCCCUGCUGGACGCCCGUCCUGGUCAGGACACGGACACUGUCCUCACGAAGACAGACGACACACGCAGCGUCCCUCUGUUUGUGUCCUUGUUUCUGUUCCAGUGUUAAGGUUGUUCAGAUUCACUUAUUUUUGUUAAUAAAGAUUCUUCGUGAAGCC